AUGGACAUUAAUUCUCUAAGCAAGGAUGAGCUUAUAAAUCUGUUGGGUGCUCAGGCAAAGCGUGCCGAUGAAGAGAGAAAACGCGCCGAUGAAGAGAGAAAACGCGCUAAUGAAGAGAGGAAGCGCGCCGAUGAAGCAGAAGAGCUAAAUCGACCUACAUCGUUCGAAGAGUUUUUGAUUGCCUGCCAUAUAUAUACCUCAGUGCCGAUUACGGUACAAACGGACCGUGCCCUUACCACGAAAGGAUCCAUAACCGCCCCGGCCGGCCGUUAUUGUCCAAAUUUUCUCGAACCUUGGGAUUUUCAUUCUGCUCAACAAUCCCUUUUCGACGAGGCCUAUCAAUUCUUCCACCCUUAUAAUGAACCAGAACUACGUGUUUUCCCGCCUAGACAAGUUUUGGAACACCAGGGACGUGCUGCAUGUCGUCACCCGCUAGGAAGUGAGGGUGAUUUACAGCGUCAUCAGUUCCAGGAGGUAGAAAACCCCAUAUACGAUACCUUCCAGGCAUUAGCCGCGAUACCAGCAGCGAGAGAAAGAUUUUCCCUUGCGGAUGGUAUUGUAUUUGAAAAUCACCUGAAUUCCACCACAGAGGCACCAGGGGAUGAUGAGGCGCCUGUCAUUCGAACCGUUAAGCCGGAUCAGAAUUGCAUAUUUCAUCAAGUCAACGGCGAGCGAAACCUUAUAUAUGUGACAGAAUACAAGGCUGCACAUAAACUUACCGAUGACUUUAUCCACAGCGGUCUUUACCAGAUGAAUAUGUACGAGGAAGUUGUUCAGCGUGCUAUACUACCUGAUAAAGAUGAUAAAGAUGGAAAUGCGCAGUACAACGCUGAAAGGCUUACUUGCGCAGCUUUGACUCAGACAUUCGAUUAUAUGAUUAGACAGGGACUCGAGUACAGCUGUCUCACCAACGGACGAAUCAAGGUGAUGUUAAGGGUGCCGAUUGAUAAUCCGGAAACUCUGCAGUAUAGCAUCCUUGAGCCUAGCAAAGACGCCGAGCCGGUAGAUGACCAGAAUGGUUUCCGCUUCCCCUAUACUGCUGUUGGUUGUUAUCUAGGCUUAACACUUUUAGCACUUGGGUCACCGAGGAGAAAUCAGGCCUGGCGGAAUUCCGCACAAUCAAAACUGAACAAAUGGGAGGUGAAUUUUGACAAAAUAUUGCAGGAUAUCCCUGUGACUGAACGCAAGAUUCGUCCUUGCCCUGCGUACAGAGCCCCAAGGUAUCCUAUUAAUAGCCGCUCGCCCUACCUGCUUCGGAAUCGCAGAGCGCGUCCCACUUUCGAUGCAGAUACACAUAAUAUUGUUUACACAGGUCCGAGGCCACCGCCAAGCGAUGACGAAGCUGAUGGUAGGGAGCCUCCGUCUUCUCCACUACAGGCUAUCGAGCGCAGAAAGCGGCAGCGGACAUCAACAAUGAAUUCCCAGCCGUCAGGUUCAGGACAACCGACUGGCUCGCAGAACCGUCCCUACUGUACACAGAGAUGUCUCGGUGGACUUGUUUCUCGCUUACCUCUCGAUCCCAAAUGUCCAAAUAUCAAGCUACAUAAAUAUAAUUCCAAGGGAAGCUUCCACUCGCUAUUAUUGCCUGAGGCACUCACCCUCUUUGAAAAUCAAAUAAACGACGACCCAGAUAGUUGCCGCUACCUUAAGAAGGAAGGAAUACAUGGCUCAAUCUUCGCCCUCACUCUGAAAGGAUACGGCUACACAUGUAUUGGUAAGGGAACAAGCUACAAGAGCGAGCAUGAAGCUUGCAUAUACGGCCUUCUAGCACCACUUCAGGGAACCACUAUUCCAGUUUUCCUUGGAGACGUCCACUUUACUAAAUCCAAAUAUUUCCUCCUCCACCGUACCAUCGUCCAACUAUCAUUGAUGGCCUGGGGUGGUGAGUGUCUAUCUGAAACACUGCCUCCGAUCGAAAAGCAGGACUUAUCUGGCCGCAUAAAGCAGGCACAAAUGGAAUUACUUUCCUACAAAGUUGUACAUCUUGAUUUUGAGGACCGGAAUAUACUCUGGAACGAAGAGAUUCAGGGAGUGAUGGUUAUUGACUUUGGACGGGUUAAAGUUAUCAAGUCCCUGAAGCGAAGGACCGAGACGGUGCUGGCUGAUAUAUCGCCUAAUUCGAAGAGGGUCAAGGUGCCAGUGUGA